AUGAGCGACACUGUGUUCUUCUCCUUUGUUCUCUUCCUGGGAAGCCCGUGGAGCAUAGAGCCCCACUCUAUCUCUGUGACUGAAGGUGUGGAGAAUAGCUUUUCCUCAAGUUCAAAGCAUCUUGAUGAAGAUCUGACUAAACUAUUUGAUGAGAUCCUGCUGCAGGUGUUUCCCAGAAAUCUAGAUGACGUAUCAAAAGAUACAAGUACGGCUGGCAGACUGAUCACCUGGAGUGACGUGAAUGAAACUCAUCCCAGCCCAUACAGCUUCAACAAUUCUGAAUUUGCCUCAAGGUCACCUAAGCAAGAGGAACAUUUGGCUAAGAUAUUUGAUCAUAUUGCUGAGAAGACAGAUAAAGAACCGUCUUUAUUCAACAGGGAUCUAAGCGAUCAAUUAACUACUGCUGGCAAAAAAAUAUUCGGCAAAGAAAUAUCCCGAAGAUUAGUAGCUAUUCGUGAUGCUCACAAUGAGGGUCUGCCUUGCAGACAGAUGCUGAGCUUCCUUCAGAAGAACAUUGUUAUUGCUACCAUUGCUGUGGCUUCAGUCCUCCUGGUCACAGUGUUUGUGGUAUUUGUACUGGUCACGUACUUAAGGCGGAAACAGCCAAGGUGUCCGCCAGCGAACACGACAUACAAUAUUUUUAUAAUGAAUGGGAAGGGUUGGUGGCAUAAGCCCGAGGAGAGGCUCCUCAGAAAAUUCGCAGGGAAGCAGAAACACCUCAAGUGUAAUUCCUGCGUCUAA